AUGGCGCUCGUCUUUGCUCAGUCAUCCUCCAACCCGCUCGAUGUCGGGUCUGGGGACCUGGGCGGCGCGCGCUGGACCGAAUACUUGAACUCGGGCGUGCGGGAUGCGCGCCGAGACUCAGACGACCAAGACUUGAUUGUGGGCGAAUACAGGCGACAUAUAAACGAUGUCAUGGAGGGGAGAACCGCCACUCCGCGUAAUCCCAACCCCAACCCGCGUGCUACCGCUUUCUAUCUCGCCGACCCAGGGGCCCAGAUUGACUUGGACGCAGAGAUGGACGAACAUGAACCCACGCAAUUGGCUCCCGAACAUGAACUCGAACCCGAAACGCGCCCGACCAGAUAUUCUCCGGGAGAGGGCGACGAUGAAGAUGACAGCGACCUUAGCGACGCGUCUAUGGAGGAGCAGGAGCAGCAGGAGGAGGAGAGCGAUGAUGAGGAGGAACAUACACUUUCCUACAAGUCUCCCGACGACCAGGCGGAGAUUGUCGCACAGAUGCGGUCACUGGAACAGGCCGUUCCUUGCCUUCCAGAGGACUACCGUUUAGUAGAUCGCCUGGGGACGGGAACGUUCUCCACGGUGUUCAAAGCUGUCGACCUGAAUCACGACUCCAAGUGGAAAAACACGCUUUGGAACUCUGCUAUCGCGUCGGCCUCGUCCAGCAAAGGCAAGGUCUACGUCGCUUUGAAGAGAAUCUACGUGACAAGUGCGCCGGAGCGUAUACGCAACGAGAUCACCAUUCUGGAGACUUGCCGAAACGCACGACACGUCUCUAAACUUGUCACCGCGUUCCGUGAGCGCGACCAAAUUGUACUCGUACUCCCGUAUCAACGCAACGAUGACUUUCGCGACUAUUUCCGCGUUUUGAGCAUGGACGGAAUCAAAGCCUACUUUCGCUGUUUGCUACGUGCCUUGCGUGAUAUACACGCGCGGGGGAUCAUACAUCGCGACGUCAAACCCGCCAACUUCCUGUAUGAUCCGCGUACUGGCGACGGAACGCUUUGCGACUUUGGCCUCGCUUGCCACAUCGAGCGACCGGGAGCCCAUGGACAAUGUCUACAUACACCCGCAAUCAAGCAGUACCCUCAUGGCAGGAUACGUAGACACGAAGAGCUCGAUUCGCAAAGUAUCCGAUACAAGCAACGCGAAGCUAGGCAACGGCAAGACGUGCGUUCAGACACGGUCGGUUAUCUGGAGAAAGAUCCGCGACCACAUUCUCGCGCGAACCGUGCGGGCACAAGAGGCUUCCGUGCACCUGAAGUGCUACUGAAGUGUGGUGAUCAGACUGGUGCCAUCGAUGUCUGGUCGGCCGGCAUGAUACUGGCCUUCUUUCUGUCAUGCAAGUUCCCGCUGUUCAAUUCGAAUGACGACGUUGAGGCGCUCAUGGAGAUCGCCUGUAUCAUCGGGCGCAAGAAAAUGGAGAAAGUGGCCACCUUACAUAGUCGGACAUUCUCCACGAACAUACCUUCAUUGGACAGCGAUGGGAUGACUUGGUCAACGCUCAUGCGCAAGCUUAACCCAGAUGUCCGGACACCACGAGCACCCGAUUUGCGUUUCUACCCGUAUUAUUCAGCACGAGCGACGCCACCUCCCUCGUCUUCGCCGACGUCUUCUUCCCGAUCAUCACCUGCAGCGCCCCUGCCGCCUUCCCCCUCUACCUGGGAGCGUGACGUCGCCGACGCACUUUCCUUGCUCGAGCAGCUCCUUGAACCGGAAAGCAUCAAGCGUAUCACGCCUGCCAAGGCGCUCGCUCACCCAUUCCUUGCUAUCCCCGGGUCCCCAGACGAUAACGAGGUGCCGCAUCCCGUCGGUGAAGGCCGAUGUGGAAAGUGGCAUUUCGUCGACGAGGACACUGGCGACCUCAUGAUCCGCGUACGACCAAGAUCAGGGGAUGACCUCCUGCAGUACGCAUACAAGUGUCCCCAGAUCCCAGGCACGGUCAUCAAGCGGAUAGAUGCUGGAGACCCUGAUGGUGUUGCGAUUGGACCUUCACCGUGUCAUAUACACCAGCACGAGCCCGAGUUCAGAGUUUACCUCAGGCCGCCUCGCUAUUCUGAGCCUGCUCCCGACCCUCAACUCCCAUCACCGAGCGCACCCUCGUUCCCUUCUCCCGCCGUAGAGCGGUUUGCGUACCUGCUAGCCCUUUUGGGCUCAGAGCAUGGCAUCAGCCCCACUCGCGGAAUCGCAGCCAUGGCCGUCGUUACCUCUGAGGUCUUCCACUUCAUGUUCUACUGGAUGCUUGCAUUCAACGGCCCUAUCUUCUUGCUUGCUGGGACCCUCGCAGUCUUCAACAUAGUAUACCCUCCUCGCCGGACGCAAGAUGUCGAAGUCUCUCCCGCUUUCUCCCAUGCUCGGCUACCCACUGGAGCGUCUGGAAUGACGAAUGUCAAGGGCUCCACGCCGCAAGCCAUGCCACUGUCGCCACUGACGCCCCGAAGAUCCCUCGAUCCAUUGUUGCAGCAUCAUACAUUCCCACCUGGACAGCAGCAGCGGGAUGUUCGGGACAGAGAUGAAGGGCCGGCGUUCCCACCACGGAAUAUCCGCCGUACACGUGCGACAUACGCACUUCUAGUGCUGUUCACCUUCGCCUUCGCGGCUGUCGCAUCAGCCCUGCUUGAGAGUUUAGUCGUUGGCUAUGUCCUUGCCGGUCUGUACUCAACUGCGCACUACCGCAUGUCGACGUGGGUUCCCUUCGCAUGGGCCUUGAUCAUGGUGUCCAGCAAUGCGCUCGGGAUCUUCCCCUCUGUCAUCGAUCGCAUAUAG